CAGUCACUGACGUUAUUACGAAAUUUCUUACUCAUCCCUUAUCGAUAACAGCGACGCACGCAAAGCGUUGAAUUGGUACUCAUCGGUUAUUUGUCAUACUCAUACAUAAGGGAGUUAGCGCGAGAAUAUGGCUACUCCUUUUCGCAGGAGUUUCGUUCUGUCUGGUGAAAAUCUGGAAGAUCUAUGUGAUCACUUUAAUACUAUAAACAAAGAUGGCAGUGGUUAUUUGGAUGUUAGUGAGCUGAAACAAGCAUUAGAAAUUGUUGGAUUCAAAAUCCCUCAAUGGCAAGUUCGUCAAAUGAUUGAUGAUAUGGAAAGAGGUCGUCCUAUUAAUAAAAAAGGACAGCUAUCCUUUGAUGAAUUUCAAAAGAUUUAUAGUGAACUAAAGUCAAAAGAAGUUACUAAUGUUUUCAAAACUGCUGUCACAAAAAGGGAAAAUUUAGAAACUUUAGGUGGCAUGUCUGAAGCAUCUAGUGAAGGCACAACUCAUUCUGUGAGGCAUGAAGAGCAAGUAGCAUUUUCUGAUUGGAUAAAUACGAAUUUAGGAAAUGACCCUGAUUUAAAACAUCUUUUGCCAAUUGAUGGUGACGGUAAAACACUGUAUGAUAAAGUAAAAGACGGGAUUCUUUUAUGCAAGAUUAUUAAUCAUUCCUGCCCAGAUACUAUUGAUGAACGUGCUAUUAAUAAAAAAAAUUUGACUGUAUACACUAAACAUGAGAAUUUAACCUUGGCUUUAAAUUCUUCUCAAGCCAUUGGGUGCAAUGUUAUAAAUAUUGAUGCGCACGACUUAGCAAAAGGGAAACCACAUUUAGUUCUUGGUCUUCUAUGGCAAAUAAUUAGGAUUGGGCUGUUUAAUCAGAUAACAUUGGAACACUGUCCAGGUUUAGUGCAGUUGGUUAACAGAGGUGAAGAAAUGUCUGACCUAAUGAAAUUAUCUCCCGAGAAUAUUCUUUUAAGAUGGGUGAAUUAUCAUUUGGAAAAGUCUGGAUCAAAACGUCGUAUAUCAAAUUUCACCACUGACAUCAAGGACUCUGAAAUAUACAGUUAUCUCUUGAAGCAAAUAGCACCAUCAGAUUCUGGUGUUACUUUAGAAGCAUUAAUGAAAACUGAUAUGCUGGAACGAGCUGAAAUUAUGCUGAAGCAGGCGGAUAAAAUCGGAUGUAGGAGUUUCUUAACUCCAAAUGAUGUCGUUGAUGGAAUUUACAAACUGAAUGUGGCUUUUGUUGCAAAUCUCUUCAAUAACCAUCCUGCUCUGGAUCAACCUGAUGAACCAUUCGAAAUGGUGAACUUAGAAGAAACUAGAGAAGAAAAAACAUAUCGAAACUGGAUGAACAGUAUGGGUGUUUCGCCAUAUGUUAACUGGCUAUAUAGUGAUCUAGCUGAUGGACUUAUAAUAUUCCAGCUAUAUGAUAUCAUAAAACCUGGAAUAGUUGACUGGAACCGUGUGCACAGAGUCUUUAGCAAACUGAAAGCAUUCAUGGAGAAAUUGGAAAAUUGCAACUAUUCUGUUCAACUUGGCAAAGAGUUAAAAUUUUCACUCGUUGGAAUUGCAGGGCAUGAUAUAUCUGAAGGGAAUCCAACACUCACUCUUGCACUGGUGUGGCAGUUGAUGAGAGCUUAUACUCUGACUAUUUUAACACAGCUAGCAAAUACUGGUCAUCCUGUUGUUGAAAAAGAAAUAGUUGAAUGGGUCAACAAUAAACUCAAGGAAGCAGGCAAAGAAACUAGUAUCAAGAGUUUCCAGGAUCAGUCUAUUUCAACAGCAUUGCCAAUUAUUGAUUUAAUAGAUGCUAUUCAGCCUGGGUCCAUAAAUUACAGUCAAGUUUUAACAAGUAAUACACAAGAGGAUAAAAUGGCUAAUGCUAAAUAUGCUAUUUCAAUGGCCAGAAAAAUUGGUGCUAGAAUUUAUGCAUUGCCAGAGGAUAUAACUGAAGUGAAACAAAAAAUGGUUAUGACUGUGUUUGCAUGCCUUAUGGCAAGAGACUACAUCCCUAACAUGGGUGCUAAGAGUAUUACUGAACAAUAAAAUACCAGAUUAAGUGCUACAUAUUUUUAGAAAAUUUGUAUAUGAAAUUUUUAAAUACAUUCUUAUAGAAUUGUUUAUAUUAAGUGUAAUUGUUUUAUUGAUAUAGAAGUGAAGCAUGCCUGCCAUUUAACACUCAAAAUAAGAAGCCCAUAAUUUUCCCAUGUUUUGUAAUGAGAAAGUUUUGGUGUACUUAAUUUUUUAAUACAUGUACUUCAAAAUAUACUGCUUGUUAUACUAUAUAUUAUCUAGUAUAUUUUUAUUAACUGUUGCUGUAUUUGUUAUUAACAGACGUAUUUUUUAAUAUAUUACUCAGUACUACAAAUACUGUGUAUUAAAAUAUUAAUGUAUUUAAUGCAUUCUUAAUGUAUUACUCAUAAAGGAUAAAUAUGACCUCGAUUAUCUGAAAUUUAAGGGCUUUCUAUUUUUAGUGAAACAACUUUUUUCAACUUAUAUGUGCUGUCACUUCCUGUCAAUUUUUUAAAAUUUGCAUUUAUAUAAGACUAAUUUAGAUGCUUUAAAGGUGCUAUCUUAGUCAGAUAGUUCUUAUUUUGUAUAUUUGCUUAAUGUUUAUGCUGUACAUAUGUUUUUCAUAUUUAGUUUUUAAAAUUUUUACACAAUUUUGCAUUCCAUAUUUCUAAGACUUAAAAGUGGUAUAUAUAUAUAUAUAGUUCUUUUGUAUUUUAAAUUUCCAUAUUGUGGAACUUUAUGGUCAGUUCUGUAUAAAGUUUUUGUGAAAUUUCAGAAUAAUAUGUUUGUAACAUUUAUGAUCUUGUUUGUUAAUAAACUUUUCUUUGUGUA